GCUUGCUAAGCUUAUUAGUAUUUAGUGUGAUAGUAGAGUCGAACACAAGCAUAACACGAUUAAGUCACGAAUCAUAUGAGACAAGAAGAUGGGAAGAAUUAAAUCUUUUGGUUAUCAAUAAUCUUAGAUUAUGGGAAUAUCAUUGAGACAUUGACCAAAGGUCUAGUAAAAACACAACUAAUACAGUCACCACUAACCUCAAAACGCCAGAAAUCCCCAAACUCCAAAUACUAAUUAGGGCAAGUUUCAUAGCAGAUCAAAGCAGCUAAAGGAAGGAUUUCAUUUGAACAAAAAUGAAUACAGAUAUUACCGCAUCGGCGAAACCAGAAUACCCAGUUCUAGAUCGCAAUCCACCUUUCACCAAAGUCGUCGGCAAUUUCAGCACUCUUGAUUACCUCCGAUUUGCCACAAUUACCGGUGUUUCUGUCACUGUCGGCUAUUUAUCAGGUAUUAAGCCUGGGAUUAAGGGUCCUUCAAUGGUGACUGGUGGAUUGAUUGGAGUAAUGGGUGGAUUCAUGUAUGCUUACCAGAACUCUGCUGGAAGAUUAAUGGGGUUUUUCCCUAAUGAAAAUGAGGUAGCUAAGUAUAAGAAACAGCUUAAUCAGUAAUUGAUGAGAAAGUUAUUGAAUUAAUGGAGCAUUUUGGUCAGUAUUUUAAUGAGCUGUUUGUUUUGAUUUUGGAAUGAAAUUAAUCAAGUUAUCUCAAGAAUUGUUUCGGGGGUUUGGCAUUAUAUCUUGCUGUAGUUUGGAUGAAAUAAUGUUGUACUUUAAACCCUGGUUCAUUUUGAAGUUGCUCUAAAGUGGGAUUUUUGAAUGAUAAUAAUGAGAUUUUUUGUUGUCUAA